UGUGUGUGUGUGUGUGUGUGUGUGUGUGUGUGUGUGUGUGUGUGUUUUGUCCAGGCUCUGUUGUGUUUCGUCUUCUUCUUCUUGUCCUUCGGAAAUGAAAAGCUGCUUGCAGAUUCUCAGAGCUGGUCGACAUCAUCAUGGAUGCUUACGUGACUUUUGCUCCUGCAACUCCGCCUCCUCUAACUGUGUUUGAGACCACAGCUGUGACGAAGGGUAUCAAAGCAGACGAUGGAGCUUUUGCAGUCUUGAUUGGAGGAAUAGUUGGUGCAGCUCUGUUGCUCGUAAUCUGCAUCAUCGCUGUGCUGCUGUGGUGUCUGUCCAGACAUAAAGGCUCAUACAUCACCAAUGAGACGGACGACGACAUGGACGACAUGGACGACGACGGGUCUGUGGGUUCUGACACGGCGCUCCAAAGCCGGGAACCUCUGAAGGUCAAAGAGGAAGAAUAAAGAAACAGCAGCUCUGAGCUGCGCUGUCGAGGACUGGAGAGCUUUGUGGCUUCGUUCCACUGAGGAGACAUGAAGGAAGAUUUUUUUUAAUCAUUUUUCUUGAAAGUAACCAAUUUCCUAAAGCUGAAGCAACUUUGCACAUCGCUGCCAGCAAGGAGCAGCAAGACAAAACAGUUUGGCAUGUGAGUCUGUCAGUUAGGUCAGCCUUUCCCUGUAAACCUGCAACAUUAUCCAGCUAAACCACUUACUAGCAAGGAUAUUCACAUCCCAGCUCGUGCCAAUGUGACUGUUUGUGAGGAGAAAUAUCUAAUUGGAGUAAAAAAUGCCCACCAGUGACCCAGAGGGAGCCUCACUUACUUUCAUUAUUUCAUUGAUCAUUGUUCCUGUCAUUCCCACCAGCAACGCCCUGAGAGCAGAACUGAAUAUGAAGAAAAUGAGGAUGUGCAGCACUUUUCUCGCUCUCUGAAUGAUUCUUCCAAGAUGGCUUGAUCGCUCAUGAAAAUACACCAAAUGGCUCCAUUUGCGGAAUAGCUGCCUUAAAAUUAAGCGGCAUCCCCACUAGAUAUGACGCCAUAGCUCUCUCUGCAGAGACUCUGCAGCAUCUCACAUCCCCAAUGCAUUAAAAGCUUCAACUGCCCUCUCAGAUGCCGCCGGUUCCUCAAACUUUACAUCUCCUGUGACUCUCCCACCAGACGAAUGUGAUUUUUACAGCAAAACAAACGUCCUGCCAAAGUGGCUGCGAGGCCUAACCAAUUUAGCAGACGCUGGUAAACAUUUACAGCCGUCUUAACUCUUGGCUGCUGGUGAUUUUCCAGCCUGGUUGUUUGUAAUACUUUAAGCUCAUAAUAGACUGACUCUGACUAACAUACCACACUGUUAUGAAUCAGCUGUGAGGAAUAAUAUGUGUGUAAACACUUGGCCAGGAGAGUUAAAAUGGUAAUUUUCCAACCUGAAUUGAACCCACAGUGAUGUUUUUCUGCAUUUUUUUUUCUUUCAGAGCAUUGUUUUGUAGUUUUUCAGAAAAUAGACAGAAAAGAGGAAAGGCUCCUAGAGGUCCAAAACACCACAGACAGAUAAAAAAAAAAUGAAAAUGAACACUUAGUUGCAAUAAUAUUGCUGUUUUCUACAGGAAGAAAUAGUCUGGAACAAGAACAAUUCUACUGUCUUCUUAUAUGUUUACUUAAAAUCUCUUCUUGAGUAGUUUUACAUACUAACACUUCAUAAGAUUAAAGUUUACACUUUUUGACACAAUGUAGUGAUUUAUUUUUGUGUGGUUUGGUCUCAGGAUGAUGAAGGUGCUUAAACUCCAUCUACUGGUCAAGCAGGUGUACUGCACUUAUUAGAAAUUUUGAUUUUCAGUGCAUUUCAGGGUCUAAUUUGGGGAAAAGCAAAAGUAUAAAACACACUUUUAAUCUACCAAAUCAUAUACUACACACUUUGAAGGUGACAUUUAUAUUUGAAAGGGAAAAUGUGUUUAUGUACCUGUGUUGAUUUUGGCCUCACAGCAGCAGCAAUGAAGUGGUGUGUACAAGCAGUAAAGUAACGGCAGCGAUAUGCUUCCAUUGAUUCCAGCAACAAAACACAACCUGAAUGAAAGUGAGACGCUAUGACAAGGUGACAAUGACUGGCUUUUCUGUGGUCUUUAUUCUUUUUUUCUCGUGAAAUCCGGGAUAUUUUCACCUGUCCAGGCCUCUUUUUGAGGUUGACCUGCUCACAGUUGAUGUUUUGAGCUCGCUACAACCAGUGAUGUGGGCUCACAUGUAAUGAAUGCUCCACUGACUUAUGGGUAAAUGAGUCCAACCUGAUGGAAGAAGCUAAAAGGGGACAUUACACCAAUUUUACACUUCAUGUUAAAAACAGGAGUUUAAUGUCUUCUAUGGCUCUGGAGGAGGAAAAACAACGUAUAUGAUCAUUGGAGAGGCCAGCGACUCAUAAAAGAGGAGUAACUAUUUGACACGGUCGGUCAAACAAUAAAUAUAAACAUGGGUCGCUACAAGGUGCCUGCUCAGACGACGUAUGCUGUUUUUCUGGGGAGUCCAGGCUGGUGACUGUAAUUCGUUAUCUUCCACCACCGGCGACGGCAUGAAUCAGAGAGGAAAAGUACAAGAUGUUUGUUUUUCCUCUAUCUGUCUUCUUGAUCGAGUCCGCAGUGUUUGAAGAGUAACAAUGGUGAUGAGUAAUGCUUUCGGGUAAACCGUUACCUAACAGAUUAACUCCAUCCAAAGCUUCAUUUUGGUGCUGUUGGUGCUGCCAGGCUUUCAUCAAAGGACGAAUAGUCUGUGUGUGUGUGUGUGUGUGUGUGUGUGUGUGUGUGUGUGUGUGUGUGUGUGUGUGUGUGUGUGUGUGGUCCUGCCGUUUUUUCUUCCAACUGCUGAGCUAUGCUCGGCCUUCGACCUGCAGCCAGACCAUCCUGCGAGCCGUCCACGGUUUGGAUGCAGACGUCUUGCCAAGGUGUCUGGGAAGUUUGAGUCAUGCAGGACUUCUGGUGAUUUUUCUAGGAUGUCACGAGGAGGUGAAGUGAACCACGAUGGGAAGCAGAGCAACAACAGAAGCGAGGAAAAUGCAAACAAAACAGGAGCAAAGAUGCAAAGGCUGUUCUUAUGGUGCUACCUGUUAAACCUAUAAAACACCCAUAAGUGCAGAUUUAGAAACUGGCAUUUUCAACAACAACAAAAAAAGAUGAUUUAAGUCUUUCAUUUGUAUUUUUUUUAUUUACAUUUUUUUAUUUGCACACAUUUGUGUCAUGUUGUUUAUUUUAUCCUAAAUGUUCUUGUGCUGUUUUUUUGUCUUGGUGAGCAAAAAACAAUUUUCGACUUAAGGUUGACAGUAUUCUAUUCUAUUAUGUAUUGAAAUGUUCAGUAACAGUGAGAAGUAACAGGAUCUGUAAGAGAAGACUUAUAACUGCUGCAUGUUUUAUUAGUUUUUCAUCCUUUUUAUUCAGCAUUUUUACAGUAUGAUGAGUUUUUUUAAGAGUUUAUGCUCACAAAAUGCUCUGUUCACGACUUAAAUAUUGGUGUAAUGUUGACAUCGUGUCACCGCAAGGUCCAUUUAAUAGUUGUUCUGGAGAUUUUGCUAAGAUCAUUUAUAGCACAGAUAUUUAGAUAUUAAAAUUUUCUCUUACUUUUAAAAAACAGUGAAUUUCAUCAUUUGUGGAAUCUUUGAGAUGAUUUGUGACAUGGAGACAAAUAUGUUUCUGUGUUAUAUUCCUCAAAUGUUGGCUGUUUUAACUUUUUGGGGUUUUUUUAUAGCUUCACUGGCUCUUGUGCUUAAAGAAUUAAAUAAAUGUGAAAAAGGAACCUCUAGGACAUAAAUUCAACCGUCGAUCAGUUUAAAUUUCAGGUUCUCAAAUCCUCACAGCAAAAAAAAAGGACCAGUGUGCCUGGCUGUAAUACCACCAGUGGCCUGCAGAUGAUACUGUUGGACCAAAACGAAGCUUUAAAAGAAACAGGAGAAAACUAGUUAACGUUCAAUAAUCAGUAAAUUUAUGAUCAAUAACAUUAAACAAGAGGAGAACUCAACAGAGGAUCAAAUUAAUAGAGGAAGAGGUGGAGGAAAAUAGAAAGAAGGAUGGAAAAAGAAAGACAUCAGAAGAGAGAGGCGUGAAUAAUUAAAGAAAAGUCAUUUGAUCUCAGAUACAGUAUUAUCUUAUCCUGUCUGUUAGAGGGCUGAUCG